AAUGCUUUGUGUUUGCAGGCACAUCAGCUUGGUAAAGACUGCAUAAAAAUGCGAAAAUGCUAUUAUUUCGUAAAAGUGUAUCAGAGGGAAGUUCACCGUAGAAAAAUAUUACAGUCCAUUAAGAAAAAAAAAGAUAAACGCGAAUGGAUGUGUUAGAGUAGCAGCGUAUAAAGGAGAGAAUGUCGAGUUGUCCUCACGCACGAGCCCAGAUAAAAGGACUGCGUGGGAGAACGAGAGUGCAUCCAUCCGCCAGCACGCGCCUCUCAGAGAAGAUAAGCAGAGACCCCUCCAGCCACGUCCCAUAUACUCAUCUGACACGCGCUCGCGUCUGCGUAGGACCAAUCCGCGGCGCCAGACACUCUCGAGGCGGACGUGUUUUAAAGCCUUGACCACUUCCCAAGAUGCCAGCGCAUUAACCAAACGUUUGAGCCACGAGACGUCCUCAGCCAUUGGUGACAGCAGACUGCGAAGAUGCUCCGCUAAGGGGACACGACUCUAGCGCGCGCACCCAAAGGGGAAACACACCUGACUCGCCCUGCCUCCCCAGAGAGAGAAUUUAUCCCAAAUACGAUGGAGAACUCAAGCGCGACUAACAGCGACACACUUUCACCCAUUAGCUUGGCAUCUUUUUUCAACUUCACGAAAAAUGACACGAGCGUCACCCCGGUGCCAGAGAGCUUCCAAGAGGACCUCGCCAGCGCAGGAUUACGCGUCACCAGGAACCCAGUGUCUCUUAUGGCCAGCACUUUCAGGACUACCGUGGCCGGCCGCUUGUUCGCAGGGGAUCCCUCAGCUCCGGCCCCUGCCCCGGCGCAUCUCGUGGUGGCCUUCUGGGACUCCCCGCUGAGCCACGGCAUCAACGUGUUCGUGGGGAUCGUCCUGUGCUUCACCAUGCUGGGGCUGGGCUGCACGGUGGAGCUGAGCCAGCUGGGCGAGCACAUCCGCAGACCCAUCGGGGUCCUGCUGGCGCUGGUGUGCCAGUUCGUGAUCAUGCCGCUCGUGGCGUUCCUCUUGGCGCUCACAUUCUCGCUGAACGACGUGGCGGCGAUUGCGGUGCUGUUGUGCGGCUGCUGUCCCGGAGGGAACCUGUCCAACAUCAUGUCCCUCCUGGUCAACGGAGAGAUGAACCUGAGCAUAAUAAUGACCAUUUCCUCCACGAUCCUGGCGCUCGUGCUGAUGCCGCUGUGCCUGUGGAUGUACAGCCGCGCCUGGAUAAACACGCCCGUGGUGAACCUCAUGCCCUUCGGCGCAAUCAUCCUCACCUUGUGCAGCACCCUCAUCCCCAUCGGCCUGGGGGUCUACCUCAGAUACCGCUACAACCGGACCGCCGACAUCAUCUUAAAGGUGUCGCUGUGGUCCCUGCUGGUUACCCUGGUGAUGCUCUUCAUAAUGACGGGGGUCAUGCUGGGCCCGGAGCUCCUGGCCACCAUCCCGCCGGCUGUGUACGCCGUGGCGGUGCUCAUGCCCAUGGCGGGCUACGCGGCCGGGUACGGCCUGGCCACGCUCUUCGACCUGCCGCCCAGCAGCCGCCGGUCCGUCUCCCUGGAGACCGGCUGCCAGAACGUGCAGCUGUGCACCGCCAUCCUGAAGCUGGCCUUCCCGCCGCAGCUGAUCGGCGGGCUGUACAUGUUCCCGCUGCUGUACGCGCUGUUCCAGGCCGCCGAGGCCGGCCUCUUCAUCCUGCUCUACAGAACCUACCGGCAGGAAGUCCUGCGCAAGCAGGACCUGGCGGGGGACGACGACGACACCUCCGUCACCUACAAGACGCUGAAAGAGGAGGAGUCGGGGCUCGACGCGGCCUACGGGUCCGUGACGGCGAGCGACCCGAACGCCAUCGCCCUCGCACCCCAGCCGCACCCCGCGCACGUGUAGCCGCGCCCCGGGACUUCACACCCUGCUGCAUGUCCGCUGCUCAUUCGCUGCAGAUCUGAAUCUCUCAUGUGGUCAAGCUGCAGUUCCAUAAUUAACUAACAGACCCCAGGUAAGGCAGGGCAGGCUCAUGUACAUGUCAUACAGGCCUAAUUUAGGUAAUUCUGCGCUAUUGUGAAUUCUGAAACCGUAGGACUGCACAGCCAAAAGCAGAAUACUGUUACUGUUUACAGAAUGCCAGGACGCCAAUAAUACAGACACACUUCACAGCAUUACUGUGACCUAGAGCUGUUAGCUCAAGCAUUACCAUUAGCCAUCAACCUUGAGGAAGGAUUGGCUUAUUAACAGAACACAGCCCCAGUGGGAAUAUCUCUAAGCAGACCAGCUAGUCUCGUGUGAUUAGUUUUGGAAAUAAAAUACAUUCGCCAACGUGGUCACUGGCUCACAAAGCUGGCUUUGUGUCCACAGCUGAUAAUUAUCCGAACUAAUUUUUCGCUUUGGAACCAGAAAUAAACAUAUAUUUAUAUAUGUAUAUUUUAAAGUGACGCAAAAAGACUAAUAACAGGAGCCUUCCCUCAGAACACAUCGGGUUAGUAGCCAAUCCACAGCUUUGAUCUUACCGUAGGUCUUCAGCGCGAGAGCCCAUCCUUGCUUCUCCCUGGAUCGGCGGCAUUGGGGAUAGGAAGAGUUCAAAUCUGUAACGUGCGCCUUAGAUUAGAGCGCGUGGCAGGGUUCAACUGAGGACGAUGUGUAUGACUUCAAGCAAAUCCUUCCAAUACAAUGUACAAAUGUGUAAAUGUUUAUCUUAUGUAUAAUCAAUUAUAAACCAAUAAAAUCCAGUCUUAAAAGCU